GGGCAGGGUCUAUCAUGGCUCUUUGUAGCAGUCUUCAUCAAUGGCUCACAUGCCGGAUGUCAUUCGCGAGCAGGCUAAGGCACGAGGUAGGAUCCAUAAGGACAUGGCCUGCGGGAAAGGUCUCACCAGUGUGGACGGCGAGCAACGGCAGACGCGACGUGCAGCAUGCUUGCUGCACGCUGGCUGCAGAGUGCAAAUGUCGAAGAGACGGUCAGGAGAUGGAUACCUGAUAGCGAUGAAGCGACCAAAGGGCGCAGAGGCGAGGCGAGGAAGAGGUAGAGUGGUUGUAGGGCUGCGUGCGACCAGAAAACCAGUCCGUGUUCGAUUGGAUGAAGUAUACCUAGUACUAUGGCCAAAUUCCCGGGGUCGCUAGUCGUACUAAGUAG